AUUUGCCACCUUGUGUUUACUAACAAAAGCUGAGUGCUUAUUCUUCUUCUUCAGAAGUCAAUUUUAAUUAGGAAAAAAAUGGCAACACAGGCAUUGAUCUCCUCAUCGUCCAUUGCCUCCUCAGCAGAGGCUGCCAGACAAAUUGUAGGAGGAAGACCAUUCCAAUCUCCAAUCAAGAAGACCUCCUUUGUUGUAAGGGCUACUGCCACUCCACCUGUUAAGCAAGGAGCAAAUAGGCCUCUUUGGUUUGCCUCCAAGCAGAGUCUUUCAUACUUGGAUGGCAGCCUUCCUGGUGACUAUGGGUUUGAUCCCCUGGGACUGUCAGACCCUGAAGGUACCGGAGGUUUCAUUGAGCCAAAAUGGCUAGCAUAUGGAGAAAUCAUCAAUGGAAGAUUCGCUAUGUUAGGAGCAGCAGGAGCCAUUGCGCCCGAGAUUCUUGGAAAGGCUGGUCUCAUCCCAGCAGAAACAGCUCUUCCAUGGUUCCAGACCGGAGUGAUUCCUCCAGCUGGAACAUACAGCUACUGGGCUGACAAUUACACCCUAUUUGUACUGGAGAUGGCACUCAUGGGAUUUGCUGAGCACAGAAGAUUCCAGGACUGGGCCAAGCCAGGUUCUAUGGGUAAACAAUACUUUUUGGGGCUAGAGAAAGGCUUGGGAGGCUCUGGAGACCCGGCAUACCCUGGCGGACCUUUCUUUAACCCUCUCGGGUUUGGAAAAGAUGAGAAGUCUUUAAAAGACUUGAAGCUCAAGGAGGUUAAGAAUGGAAGAUUGGCUAUGUUGGCCAUCUUGGGUUACUUCAUUCAAGGUUUGGUUACUGGAGUUGGACCUUACCAAAACCUCCUUGACCAUUUGGCUGAUCCUGUAAACAACAACGUCUUGACCAGCCUCAAGUUCCACUAAGCCGGGAGCAAACCAUUCUGUUUUACCUUUCCCUAUUCUGAUAUGUAACAUUAUGUGCAGAUAUUAUUUUGCAUGUCAUUGUAAGGUAAAAAGGACAUUCGACUUAAAAUCCCGGUUAUUGUUCAAAGUUUUAGGUACUA